UCCUACUUGACAUAUUUAUAUGUUAAUGCUUGAUUAAAGGGAGGAUUCCUUUAACAGCGUGCUCGCGUAGAAGAAUCACAACGUCAUGUGUCAAGUCUCCCUACAGACCUUCUGCAGCAUAACCGGAGGGAAAUAGAAACCUAGAAUAGACAUUUCAGCUCUUACAUAUAUCCGUCCAAACAGAAACAGUCCAACACUCGUGAACAUGUCCGAAGAAAACAUCUUCCUUUUUGUCCCGAAUUUGAUCGGGUAUGCCCGUAUUGUACUGGCUCUGUUAUCAUUCUACUUGAUGCCCUGCUGCCCUGGCCCAGCAGUGUUCUGUUACCUUCUGAGUGCCCUGUUGGAUGCCUUCGAUGGACAUGCUGCUCGUGCUCUUAAUCAAGGUACAAAGUUUGGUGCCAUGCUGGACAUGUUGACUGACCGUUGUGCCACCAUGUGUUUACUGGUGAAUCUGGCACUGCUGUACCCAUCCUACACUUUCCUGUUCCAGCUCAGCAUGUGUCUGGAUGUGGCCAGCCACUGGCUGCACCUGCACAGUUCCAUGAUGAGAGGAGCAACCAGUCACAAGACAAUUGACCUCUCUGGCAAUCCUAUUUUACGGCUGUACUACACAUCCAGGCCAGUGCUGUUUUUCAUGUGUAUGGGGAAUGAGCUGUUCUACUGUCUACUCUAUGCAAUGUAUUACAUUGAGGAACCACAAGUGUGGCUGCAGUGGCUGUUUGGAGUUUGCAGUGUGGUGUGUCUGCUGAAAUCUGGCAUUAGUCUCCUCCACCUCAUCACUGCCUCCUGCAACAUGGCUGCCAUCGAUGUGGCUGACCGUGAGAGAGAGAAGAGCAAAGCACAAUGAGAGAUUCAAGAGUACAGAAACCAAGUAGGAAGAAUAAAGAGAGAAUGGCAGAUCAAAAUAAUGAAAAUCAAUGGAAAUCAAUUAUGGGACCUCGCAAAGCUCACUGAGCAUUUAUAUUUAUUUUAAAAUAUUUAUUACCAAUGCUACUUGUGCAUAUUCCUUACAGGUUUUAUCCAUAUUCUUGUAGUUGUGCUUUUCAUUGCUAUUGAUGAAACUAGUUGCACUAUAUAAUGUUUGUUUUUGAGUGUCAUCAUAUUGACUUUUAUAUAGUUUUUUAUUUUUGUUGAUGUUUUUUUUAUAAUUAGGGAUGCACCGAUCCCAUACCUGGAUCGGUAUCAGCUCGAUAUUUAUAUUAUUUAACAGUUCGUGUAUCGGUAUGACGAGCCUGAUCCAAAUCAGAUACUUUGUGUUAGUCAUGGUCAUUACAUUCAAGUGCCAAAAAUGACAUAAACGCGCACCAUUGAGGUUGUCCAUAUGACUCGUGCAUUUUAUUCAAAGUCUCUUGAAGACAUACUAUAGCUUUAUGAAUCACAGAAGGCUGCAUUUAACAAGUAAAUAUGAAGUAUGCAUGCGCAGCACGUUUCAGUAAACAGAGAAGAGUGCGGAUGUGGUGCGCGUCAAGUAUAAAUGUCUCAGGCUGCCGAAAGCUGCGCACGCAGGACCCAUUGCGAUGCCAGGUGAAAGUUUAAACAAGGCUUUAAAGGUCUUUUUAAAGACCCGGGGCUGGUUGCAUAAACAUAGCCAUUAACUUAAAGGUGCGUACACACUGCCAGCGACAUCGCGCACGACAGCGACUCAAUACCAUUCAUUUUCAAUGUGAGCACAGCGACUUCCGGCGACACGAGCUGUCGCGACCGUUGGCGCUAGAUGUGGGCGUGUCCAGCGACGCGACAAAGUUGAGAAAAGUUCAACUUUGGAGCGACUAACGGAAGCGACAGCCAAUAGGAGAGACGACGGGAGAGCUCACGUGAUCCUUCUCUCUCUCUCUCUCUCUCUCUCCUGCAGUAACGGAAAGAUGGAUGAAAGGCUAAUUCUUGCUGUUAGAAAUUUUCCAGUGCUCUAUGAUAUGUCUCUUCCCACGUACAAGGACAUUUUAAAGAAAAAUACUGCGUGGAAAGGUGUAUCUGAGAUCACGGGAUUUUAUGGACCCAGACAGACCGACAUUUGCAUUUUCGCCGCAGAUAAACAGCCACUCUGGCAAACAGCACGACUUGUUUCUCAUUCAUCUUUGAUAUAAAGCAUUUUAUGUACUGAUCCCAUUUAUAUUUAGUCUUUUCCCUCCAAAAUGUUUGUUUUUAGUGGCAAGAAAAGAGAUUCGCUGUCAACAGCAAUGGAAUGACAUCCGUGAAUGUCAUUUAUAAACGUUACUAGGCAACCAGUAGUGGGAACACCCACUAGCGACUUCACCGGCAGCCACUGGCGACCUGCAGCGAUAAAGUCGCUGGCAGUGUGUACGCAGCUUAAGACUGCAUCUAACAAUUAGUUUGACUAGCUAAAGACGCCAUAGAAAGCCUGUUGCAUAAAACAAGCUCACAGUUGUCUUUAGUAAGACAGUCAAUUUGCAUUGCAUUGUGGGAAAAAUACGACACUGAACAGCUUAAAAAAAAUGGCCGACAGUGGACGCUCAAUAAAUGUUUUAUUCGCUGAGAAUAUUUGCUUAUUAGAGGACUACAAUGCUUCAAAAUGUAUUUUAAUGUACACUUUUAGUGAUUUAACCCAAAUAAUUAAAAACACAACAUUUUGUUACCAUUUUUGAAGUCAAAGUCUUAACUCAAGCCCCUUUCAGCCCUAACUGGCUCAGCUGACAGUUAUUUUCAAUGGCAAAAUGGAAUGUAAACAAAAGUUAGCCUGAGGUGUGUUGUCUUACAUUUUGGUCUUUAAUUAGACUGAUCUAAGUUUUUAUGCAACUGACUGAAAAAAUUAAGACCAACAUUUUAGAUGACUAACUAGUAAGACUAGUCUAAAACAGUUUUAUGCAACCGGCCUCAGGUGUGUUUCGACCUUCAAAAUAAAAGUCUGAAGUAUAUUACUAUCGUAUAAUACAAUUUUAGUUUUAUUUUAGUCAGAAAACAUUUUCUGACUUUUUUUUCUUUUGUUUGAAAACUUAAAGCAUUGCAAUUUUCAGCCAAGAAUUUUCGUUGGAUCAUUGCAUAUAACAACUAAAGUGAACAAGUCAGAUACAAGUUGAAUAAAUAAAUGUGCAAAGAAUACUGGCUUCUUUUCUACUGAAGACUUUCACUGGAAUAACUGUUAGUUUUGGUGCUGCAUUAUAAGGUAGUUAAAGUUUUUCUUAAUAAGGCUAUCAUUUAUAUUGAAAUAAUGUGUAGUUCGAAGUUUGUGUGGGAUAUUUUACACAUAAAUGAGGACCCCCAAUCAGUUCACACUGUGAAGUAUAGUUAUUCUAAACUUAUUAAGAAAAAAACAACACUGGAAUCGAAUAGGCUUAGGCUGAUACUGGAGAGAAAAUGUGGUACAGGUGCAUCCCUAUUUUUAAUACUGGAAUAAUCGUUUUAAGGGGAUUUAGAAAAGCUCUGGUUUUUUACACCAACAUUUCCACACCACAUGCGGUAGAUUUUCACAAAAACGGUCAAGAAAAUGUCUUAGAUAAUUCCGUUUUGCAUAUAGAAAAUUAAGCCUAUUUUUAGGACCAGUUACGCACAUUUUAUCCCCAAAUUCGAAUUAUCUCAAUGCAAAAAAAAAAAAAAAUAAUAAUAAUAAUAAUUAAAUAUUCAUCAUGUUUUCAUUACCACAACAUGAUUUUUUUUUUUAUUUAAAAGUAUUUAUAUCAAUUUAUACUCUCUUAAUUUUCACUGAAUCUACAAAAAAAAAAACUCUUUAAUCAAAAUUAUCAUUGAAAACAAUGGGAAUAAUACAAGUGAAACACCUAGAUGUGUUGCGGUAAUGAGAAUUGUGCUUGAGCAUCCUGAAAAUAAUGUCACAAUGCAAAAAUUGUAAUGGCCUUAAAUGUGUGCUUCAUUUUCUUCAUGCAAAAUAUAAUUUCUUUGUAUUGUUUUUGGGUUAAAUAUGACCAGCACAUUUUCUUGUCAGGGUUUAAAAGAAGCACCCAUACACAAAGACAUUCCACACCUCAGCUGAAAGCCACUUGAGUAUUGUUGUAUUGUUGUAUUGGAGCAGUCUAGCACUUUAUGCUUGACAUUGUGUUGUUGCAGGUAUAUCAAAUAAAUAGUAUCUAUUUGAAUAUUAGUUUGAGGAGUGUGAAGCCAUUAUUAUAUUAUACCUGUGUCGUCCAUAGCCUGAAUGUAUUAUGGGUGAUGGUAGAGGAGUAGGCAUACUGUAUUGUUACAUUUUUUAGAGCUGUUGUUAGAAAUGAUGAGAAAUGAGAGUUAUAUAACUGAGGAAAGAAAUCAUUUUGUACUGUAACAUGUGAUUUGGCAAUAAAGAU